GCAUGCUCGCCUGCAAACAAACCCGCGGGACAAACUUCGUCCUUUUCCACUCCUCACUCAGGCACUCUUUUCUCUCUGCGGCGGAAUAGCACAACAGAAGGAUGUCCAUCCUCAACAGAAAGACAAUUAACACCUCAUCGGCACCUGCUGCCAUUGGCCCAUACAGCCAGGCGGUGCUUGUGGACAGAACUUUGUACAUCUCUGGUCAGCUGGGGAUGGACGUGGCCUCUGGUCAGCUGGUCGAUGGAGGGGUGCAGGCUCAGGCCAAGCAGGCUUUGGUCAACAUGGGGGAGAUCCUGAAAGCAUCUGGCUGCGACUACAGCAAUGUGGUGAAGACGACUGUGCUGCUUGCAGACAUUAAUGACUUCAACAGCGUCAAUGAAGUGUACAAGACAUUUUUCAGCAGCAAGUUUCCUGCCAGAGCCGCCUACCAAGUGGCUGCGCUCCCUCGAGGUGGUCUGGUGGAAAUCGAGGCGGUGGCGGUCCUCGGCCCUCUGUCUGAUUCCUGACUAACCAGCAACAUUACUAACAAGUUAUAACACAGCUAUCAAGAUUAGACUGGAUUUUUUGGCCUGUGUCUGUAAUGAGAGGAUGUUAAAUAAUACAAAUAAACAACCUGAAGUGCAA